AACGUACCUAACCACCUUUGCGACCUGGAGAGCCAAAGCCGACGCAUUUGAUCACCCGGAAGAGACGGUCAGGCACCGCAGGCGGGCGAACUUUCUUUGACGUUCGCGCGCGCGGGAGUCGCACCGCCCAGUUACCUACCGCCGAAGCUUCCCAAACCCCGGGCAUUUCCGGGAGAUCCAGGGGCGUUAUGGGAACACCAGGUUGCAGGCCGUCGGAAAGAUUUUUGCCUCCGAAGCAAUGAAGCUUCCUUGCUCUUCCGAGGCUUUAUAUUAGUCGCCGUGCUCUUUUUGACUCGGCGAGAAGCGGUCCACGGCGGGCUAUAGGGGUUAGGGUUAGGGGUUUCGGUUUCUUCUCCGAAGCUGCGACGUCUGUUGGUAUUUGAAUGGGAUCCAAGCGAGGGUUUCUCCCCGCGUAGCGAUUCCCCUCUCUCGAGAAUCACGCCUCUUCCGUAGUCAGCUUCUCCAGAUCUAGUUUUUUCGGUGGUAAUUGUUGAGGGAUAGAAGAAGAAAAUGCGGGCACCGUCGCUGCUUGCGCAAUGCUUUCCAGGCUUGAUACCCCAUGACAAGAAUGGUCAUGGCGUUUCCAUUGUUUCUGAAAGGGAUUUGCUUCUUCCCUCACCAGCUGUUGAGAUUCUUCCUUCAAAGAAUGCUCACCCUUACAAGUAUGCUGGAGAGAAUGUUGAUGUGCAAGGUCUAAAUAUUUUCAAGGGAAGAGUUAGUGUAGCCGACAUGAUUGGAUUUUCCAGUUCAGAGAUGAUAUCGUCAAAACAUGAUGGAUCUCUGAAAUCCUGGGAGAGUUCAAUGGAUCUUGUAAAUAUUCUGAAGCACGAGAUACGUGAUGGACAGUUGAGUUUCAGGGGCAAGCAGAUUCUAGAGCUUGGUUGUGGAUAUGGUCUGGCUGGGAUUUUUGCUUGCCUGAAGGGUGCUUCCACAGUGCAUUUUCAGGAUCCAAAUGCAGAAACUAUAAGAUGCACAACCAUUCCCAAUGUCCUGGCAAAUCUUGAGCAGGCUCGAGAUAGGCAGAGCCGCCAACCAGAGAGUCCACUCACCCCAUCUCGGCAGCAAUUGGCUCCUGAUGUCCACUUCUAUGCUGGGGAUUGGGAGGAGCUCCAUACGGUCCUGUCUGUGGUGCAGAUUGAUGGGUUUGAGCUAGCCCCAGGGACAAGCCUCAGCUUCUCUGAGGAUGACUUCAUGGAUGGAUGUAGCAGUCAGGAUGGAAGCAUCACUGGUCAUGAGCCUUCCUCCAGGCGAUCCAGGAAGCUCUCAGGAAGCCGUGCUUGGGAGAGGGCAAACGAGACAGACGCCAGGGAUGGUGGUUAUGAUAUUAUUUUAAUUACUGAAAUCCCGUAUUCAGUGAGUUCUUUGAAGAAGCUAUAUGCCCUUAUAACAAAGUGCUUGAGACCACCAUAUGGGGUGUUGUAUUUGGCUGCCAAGAAGAAUUUUGUAGGUUCCAAUGGUGGGGCACGGCAGCUGAGAGCUCUGGUGGAUGAGGAAGGUAUUUUUGGUGCCCAUGUGGUUACUGAAUUGGCAGACAGGGAAAUUUGGAAGUUCUUUUUCAAGUGAGUAAAUUCGUGGAGUCAAGAAAGUAUAUCAUUCCCUAACUUCGUGAACCCCUUGGUUUCGAUUCUUAUACACUGUAUGCACCACCAAUGUUUAAUUUCUUCUUUUAUUUUAUUUGAUGAUAAGGUCCAAAAUCAGUGGCUCUAUUAGCUUGCUAAAAUGUUGCAAUGCUACCUUUUUGUAGAUUUUUAUUCUUUUUUUAAUAUUCAUAUGUACACAAAAGGAUCAAUUUAAAGUUUGAUUUAUAUAUGUGUUGAGUUCCUUUUUUCCAUCU